GGUAGACCCGGAAGCGCGGUAAACUGAAUGCUCUGUAGAUGCAGUGCGGUGGAGACUGGAAGCUGAAUGUCAGUUCUCUGCUGCCCUGUGGAGUCAAAUGGAGACAACGGAGCCUCGAAAAACGAAGGUUGACAUACGGAGGAGCGUGAAACAACAACAACUACAACAACAACAAGAACAACAACAACUUAAAACUCGAUAAACGACGUUCAAAAAAAUCAACUCAAGCGCUGUAUCCCUGUAAGGUGUGAUGGAGGUGGACAUCCUGGAGUUUCAGAUUCCUAUGGAGAACAACAAGACUCUGUUUGUGUGGGACAUCCAGCCCUCUCACUCUGAGGCUCAGAUCUUUGAAGGGUUACACCGUGUGUUCUCGUCCUUCGGCCCUCUGUACCUGUUGAAGGUGUGUCCUAACGCCCCACUCAGCUCACCCGGGUUCUACGCCCUCAUCAAGUUCUACUCUGCCACUCAGGCCUCAAAGGCGCAACGGCGGACUGACGGACGCUUGCUGUUCCAGAGCUCUCCACUCAAGGUGAGGCUGAGCUCCAAACAGACGCCUUACUUCCUGUCUGACAGCAGUCGACCUCUGAGCCACGCCCGCUGCGUUGACCUGGCCAACCACUGCCUGGGGUUCAAUGGCUGGACCUCUGACAUCAUCACACUGAAGGAGCUCACAGACGAAGAAGCAGGUGAGGAGGAGCAGAAGCGUCAGGAGGAGGAGGAAGGCAGAGAGAGGACGCUGAGGUUCGGCUGUUUGCUGCAGCUCUCCUUCCCUCAGCACGGACAGACGACCAGAGCAGCAGCUGUGGUGGAGGACAGCUUCACCUGCACAGGUCCAGAUGUUCUCCUACAGAGACGUUGUAAACUACAGAGGCAGGUCAGAGAGAGAGCUCUAGUUCAGGCCUUCUCUACAGUACUACUCAUACUACUGGGUAACGGUAAAGUGAUGGUGGAGGUGAAGCAGACCUCAGAUCAGCUGAUACCAGAGGAGACUGAAGAGAUCCUGCAGGUGAACAAGUUUGAUCCUCAAGUAGAUGAGGAGGAGGAUGAAGAGUGGGACCUGACUGUAUCAUAGAAACCCAAAGUGGUGCAUUAUGGGAAACGCUGUGUGUUAAAGUUUUAUUUAUUCAAUAAAUGUAUUAUAAAUACCA